UACAUGUUACACUUUUCCUUUUUUGCAAAUUAAAUUUCGCAAAAGAGUAUCAAUCCGCCAAAGACAAAAAACAAGAAGAAGAAAAAUUCGUUUACACCCUACAAAACAUUUCGUAUAUAUUCCAAUUAUACCAUUUCUUUAAUCUUGAAGAUCGAGUGUACAUCUAUUAAGUUUCUAAAAAUUUUAUUUUUAAUAUGGGUUUCAUUAUUUUUCCCUCGAAAUAUUUAAAAUUACCAUAAUUUCGAGUAUUAGCCAUUAUUCAAUAAGUAUUAUUUUAAUGUAAAACAUGAAAAAGCACUUGAAGGCAUAUUGAUCGUCAUUAUCGAUUGUUCCGAUAUGAUCCCUCAUUAAAUAUGCGUAAUGGUUUUCUUUGUAUUAGCCAGGCAAUAGGAAAAAGAAAGUAUUUUUAAUAGCAUCCCCUAAUGAGUAUUUACUUGUUUCUACCUGGAUUGAUGGACACUGAUAGGGGCGGGACUAACUUAUCAACAAAUUUUGAUUCAAAUACGAAUUUCCAAAACUUUUACAUUUAGUUCUUGUUCAAAUUUUGAUGAAGAACAUUCGAAAGUUUUGCUAAAAGUUAGUGUUUCGACAGUUGGUCCCACUGAUUCAAUUUUUUAACUCCGUAAAAGAUGGAAUCGACUCCAAAGCGUUUUUCUUUAUCAAUGAAUUCAUCUGGUCACAGUGAUGAUGCUAGUAAGCAGAUACGACUUACACCAUUUAAUUUGUUGAAGAGCAUGAAAAAGAAACCAAGAAGUGAUAUUUCGGAUAGGGAGAAUCAAGAACGAGAACUAGAAGUCCAAAAUCAAAUGUUUAAGAACCAGUCUUUCUCUUCAAAUGGAUCUACUUCCUCAACGAGCAAUAGCGCGUCCUCACCAGCAUCGAAAAAUAAAUUCAAAAAUAUGGUUCUAAAACUAAUUCCAGAAUGUCGACUAAAAUACAAGCUACAAAAUAAUGGGACCGAAGGAACAGUUAGCAGAGAACAACCAGUGACUGAAAGUCGCUGGUUAGUUAAGCGGAGGAAAUUAUAUUCUUUUACCGAUAACAAUUCUGAAGAAAGCUCCGAUGGUGAGGAAAUGGAACAGUCUUCAGACAGAAUGUCACACGCAAGUGGUACAAACUUUCGUGUUCCCACCAAAGCAAUGCUGAAAUUAUACCCAUUCGAUGAACUUCGUUCUGAUGAAGGCGCUAUAUCUGCUGUGGAUGACUGCGAAGACAUUUCUGAUCAAGAUACUAGCUUCAGUUCAUCAAUAUUGGACGACAUUACCUGGUUCGAUGAUAAAGUUAAAAAUGACAGAAUAAAUUUACAACAAUAUAUCAGUCAAGCCUCUGUCGGCAUGGAAACUAUGAUAGAGAGAUCUUUGAAUGAUAUGGGCGAUAACACAAGACUUAAGUCUGCUAUACAAAAUUACGUGAUGUAUCAGAUACGUCAAGCUAUAAGUACUGGUAUGUUACACCUGGAAUGGAAUAUUAGAAACACGUUGAAGAAAAAUGAAGAACUUUUAUUAGAUGUAGCAGAUUCUUACAAAAUCGAACUUUCCGAAGCAAAUGAUUUGAAGAUGAAGAUGCAGAAGAGGUGUGAAAUGAUGCUGUCAACAGUGGAUAAAAAGAUGCUUAAAGAAUUUAAAGAAGUCUCACGUUUAGAGAAGAAAAUGAGAAAUAGAAAGAGCAGCAGCAGCAGAAAUUUUUAAUGUGGACCUACGAGAAAGAAAACUAAGUUAUAUAAUUGUACAUUCGUGUGUUCCUUGUAAAUAAAUAAUUAUUGCAUCAUA